UGUAUGUAGAUCAACUCAUCUCCUGCAAAUAUUGUUCAGAAACAUUCACUCGCAUAGAUUUUCUUUUCUGAAAAUCCUUAGGACCUUUUUUAAGAUUACAAUAAAUGAACUCUAAGCUUUCAUUUUGCAAAGUCUUUUGUCAUUAACAACAAUUUGCUACUUUUGGAACCUGCUCAUAUGAAGUACUUCUAAUUCUAAACCGUUUCCUCAUUAAACAAACGGAAAUGAGUACUCCUCACUACAGCCUUCGUUGGAAUAACCAUCAAAAUCACAUACUCUCCGCCUUCGACUUACUUUUGCAAAAUGAGACGCUGGUCGACGUGACGCUCGUUUGCGAAGAAACUAGUUUUAAAGCACACAAAGUCGUCCUUUCUGCGUGCAGUCCUUAUUUUGAAAGGAUAUUUUCGGAAACGCCAUGCAAACAUCCUGUGAUCGUGUUGAAGGAUUUAAGAGGAUGGGAAGUGCAAGCUAUAAUAGAUUUUAUGUAUAAAGGGGAGAUCAGUGUAGGACAGGAGCAGCUCAGUUCACUGAUUAAAGCCGCCGAAUCCCUUCAGGUAAGGGGUCUGGCACACACAGAGAGGAUUCCUGUCACCGGCACCAGUGAUAAGGAUGCGCCGCAACGGGAUAGGUGUUAUUCUCCAGGGGCGACAAACACGACCUCCUCGCCCCAUCACCAAUACAACGGACCACCUCAUUCGAUGAGGCUACCCCAAAUACCUCACCUUCCGAAUAUUUCUUUCGGUGAAAUGGCUGAACGCCACUGUUCGUCACCUCUGCCAAGGCGAAAGCAGGCCAGACCCAGGAGAAGAUCAGGGGACACAAGCGGACCACAAGAUCUCAGCAAGGCUCCCAAUUCCCCGAUUAGGUCAGACAUUGCUGAGAACCUGUCAAUGAAGAAAAACAACAACAACAACAAUACAUCAAACUGGCAAAACACAACACCCACACCUCCUCAAGUAAAUAUGAAGAUGGAAAAUGAUGACUCGGAUCCCCAAGACUCAAAUCAAACCCACCCAGUCGCUCUGACGACUGCCUCUCAAGAAAAUAAAAUGGACUUCAGUAGUUCUGAACCUAUAAAUCUGCCUCCGCCACAUCAUUUUUUCCGGUUGCAGGAUUCCCCUAUAGAAAAUUCAUUUCCUCACCUGGCAUCCAUCUCUGCUCUCUCACUGACGCCACCACAUAUGUUUUCAUUGGAUUCUCAACUUGGGCUAUUCCCUGGAAUGGAUAAUUGUCGGAAUUCUCUUCUAAAUGAAAUGUCAGAAUCAAGAUUAGAAAAUCACAUAUCUAAUAAAAAGAAAAUGGGUCGACCGAAAGGACAACACAGUGCACCGAGAGGAGGACCGCCAAGAUCCUGGACCAAUGCAGAAUUGACCGAAGCUCUGCAACACGUUUGGAAUAAAAAGAUGACGACAUCGCAGGCUUCCAGGAUUUUUGGAAUACCGUACAACAGCCUGCUUAUGUACGUUAGGGGCAAAUACGGGAAGUCACUGAAACUGGAACAGUUAAAAAAAGAAUGCUUCGGUGAGCUUGGAAGCCCAUUGGAUCUAUUAGGCUUAGGCAACAUAUCAAACAACAACAACCCGACUACGGGUAGCAAAGGGCAUAAAUUGCCUGAGCCAGACCACAUGAUGUUGGGCCCGCAUGGGUUCAACCCCGGCCCGUAUCCACCGGUGCCGACCAAUUUUUAUCCCGAUUUCGGAGCGCCUUUCCCCGUCCCUGUUGGGAUGGUGCAUCUGCUUCCACAAUCGGAGAAAAAUCGUGAGCCCAACCCUGCAGGGGUCAUGGACUAUACCAAAGACGAGGAAGACAGCGGAAGACACCGGAGCACUCCUCUCGACUAUGGGGGAAAAGAAGAAAUAAGGACGAGCCCGAUGGCUCUCGACUUUGUUAAAGAAGAACACAACCCCAACUGUACAGAGCCCGAAGAGAACAGCAACAGCCCGAGCGCACAGCGGAGAGAAAUACCCGUAGGCCAACAGCACAAUGGGCAAGAUUGACAACAACCAGUUUUUCCCAAAUUUUAAAUGUUCUUAUUCUAACGAAACACUACAGCUAGGGAAAACAAAGAGUUUGGGUGAUGUGAAUUUUAGUUAUCUUUCCAUUGAAGUAUUGUAUACUCUGGUGUAUUUAUUAACACUUUAUUAAAUCUUUUGUAAGGGUGUCACAACAAGAAUUGGUAGUUUACUGGGAAACAAAAAAGGUGGUGGCUUAUAUUUGCUAAAUUUAUAUAUUAUUUACAUUUUGUGCAUAACAUUAAAAUGAGCAAUAAUCGGUACUUAUGAUUACAGUAAUUUCCAGCUUAUUCAUUAUUCAUAGUGGAAACCAAUAUAUAAACAAUAUUCAGCAGUUAGCUAAAAGAGAAAUUAUAUUAUAAUAGGAUGUUCAUCAUUUUAUUUUUUAGUUCUUGCAGUUUUGGAGAAAUUAUAUUAAAAGCAUCUUUAAAAUUUAAUAUGUAUGGAGUAAUUUAUGAUCUUACUGUAAUAUAACUUUAGUGCAGAAAAAUCAAUUAUAAACACUAUGUCAACUAAUUUUGUUUUUUACUUAUAAAAUUAAUUUUGUAUUUUCACAUUACCCCUUCAGUGUUGCUGUUGGUUGGUGUGACACCCUUUUGAUUUAUAACAAUGAAGUUUUACAAAUCUAAGUGGUGUUUUAGGAGAUGUUUGAGUGUCAUUUGAGGAUAAUGGAAUGUUAGAUAUGAAUUUCAUUCUUCAUCCUUCGUACAAACUUGCCUCGUGUUGACCGUCAUUAACAGGAUACAAAUUCACUUGUUUUCAAAAUUCGGAUCGGUCCCAGUGUCGAUUUAAACAGUUUGGCAGAACCUUAACAUGUCUCAUUUAUACAAUUAACAAAAAUUGAUUUUAGGGGGUGCAAUAUUAAUUUUAUAAAGUUAUUUCACUCUGGUGUGAUGAUAAUGAAAAAUUACAAAGACUGACUGAAACAUGCCAAUGUUGUAAGAGUAUAUUUUAAUGUAUGUUUAUACAUCUUCAGUUUUAUAAUAAGAUACACAUUCAGUUCUUUAAUUGAUAACUAAUUACAAAAGACAGUUCCUGCAACAGAUAUUUAUACCAAAUAAGAUUUUAUUUAUAAAGAAGAAGAAAAUAUAAUGUUUACUACUAGUAUAGUUAGGUACACUUACAGUAUUUUACAGUAUUGACCGAUGUACUUAAUUGGGACUUGAAAAGUAAUUUCCUACUGAAUUUCUGGUGUGAUUUACAGUCUAUAAAAAUAAAUGUACAACAGGACUGCUAUUGGUGCAGUUGGACACAUUGAAGCAUCAAUGUGACAACAUAUUUGUGAUUAAAAUGAAAAUCAUUUAGAAAAAUUAUUUAUUGUGGUUACUUAAUAGGUAAGAGCCAAACCCAGAUUAUGUAAAGAUUUGGGAGAAGUGAUAUAUCUCAUUGUUAAACUUGUUAACUCAUUUAUUAACCUUACGUUAUUCAAAAAACCUAUUAUUAUUAUUUUUUAUCGAAUAACAGUUGAUUUGACUUUUUUCCUUGUUGCUGAUUCCAAUGAUUAAGAUUUAAAAAAUAGAACAAAGUUCAAAAUUUAGUUGUAUAAAGAUUAGUACAGAAUUGCGCACCAAAAUUUAAUGUUUGCACUCCUAUCUGCACUUGUAUAAAAAUUUUAAAAAAUCUAGGAAAAAAGGAAAAAGUGUAUUAGGUAUUAUUAGUGAAAACAAUGAUUUUAGACGUUUUUCAUUGUAAUAAAUGGAAAAAAAAAGAAAUUAAGAUUGAAAAAUAUUAUUCUGUCAUUAUUACGAUUAUUUAAAUGUUUCAAACCAGAAAUAAUUUGCAGAACCGUGUAUACAGUUGUUAAAAAGAGAUAUUUUAUAGAA